GAAUUUAGGAGAUCUACAAAUUGAAGUGUCAUCCAAUAGAAAUGAUGAUGCGAUAACUAAAUGCAUCAUUUCAGGGUUUUUUAUGACAUGUGCAACCCUUUCGAAGGAUGGUUCUUAUCAGUCUCUUAAACGUCCCUAUGUUAAGAAACACAUUGACUCAUCAUCGACGUUAUACGAGGUCACAGGAAUCAGUCCCACAUUGUUAAGUGAAAUAGCUCCUCAUUUUUAUCAAAUCAAAGAUAUCAGAGAUGAUACUGACUGUAAGAUGCCAAAAGGGGUGGGGCGAGCUCCGGGUCUCUUUUUCUAGUUGAGCCUCUGACUGCAAAAUUUUUGAGCUGCUGAGUGAUGACUAAGGAACCGUUCCUUUUAGUGUGUUUCGAACUGGUUUACUGAGCUUUUAUCCUAUUUUGGAUUAGUAGAGAUCUACAGUAUCGUGUUUACCUUCUUGGGAGGCUAGGGUCAUCUAUUCAUCUUUCUAGAUUCUGGGAAUUUGUCUAGGGACAAUCUUGAAGUGAGACUUGGUUUUUGUGGAAGAAAGUUUUCGGUUGGUGUUUGUUGGGUGUUGCCGGAUUUUCCGGAGUUCUGUUCUACGUGAGAUUAAUGUUCAGAGUUUAUUGGUCGUGUUCUUAAUCCAGAUUGUCAAUCAAUAAAGAAUCUGAUCAUAAAA